UCCGUUAACCGAAAUCUCCCUCGGCUGCUAAUACCUCUUGAUUCGAUAAGCUGGCUUUGGAAAGUCGUCGGAGUUCAAUGCUAUUGUAAAACGUAAAUCCCUCUUAGCAAUUCUUGGUACGGAUAGUAUGUAAGGACGAGGAAAAUAGACGCACUUCUUUGCAGGGUAGCUAAUUGUUUAUACGGGGGGAAAGGGGAGAGGGACAGUAAUAUUCACUAACUUUUUACCUCUUUAAAAAGUUCUAUAUGUUUAGAUUUAGCUGAGAAGGCUCGCUGUUAAAUAACUGAGAUGCGUGUAGCGCCAUUGAUAUUCGGUAAAAUUUACAUUAUCACAAUAAAAUUAACUUAUACUAAACUUUCAACUUUAGUAGUUGAGGUGAAUCACCAAAGGUAUGACAAACGAUUGUUCUGAGAGAUGAGUAUUGGGAAAGCAUAGGCCAAUGAAAAUUUCUCCCAGCAUAAUGUGACGAAUAAGAUAGUAUGUCGGCGUUGGAAAUUUUCAAUAUGACUUCGUAUGAAAAUUUCGAUCUCAUCUAAUGACUUCUAAUACAUCCAGAUUGGAAUAAUCAAACGCACUAAAAUCGUUAUGCGAUGGAUUUUAUCUUCUCAUUACCAUGUUGUCAAGCCAAAUAAUUUUCGCGUAUUUGAUACGAUACUUUGAGUUGAUACAAGUUGUAUUUUGCAAAAAUACUGCAUGCAGUCGAAAUUUUUCUACGAACUGUUCGAGAAUGCAUGGAAAUCCUGUUGCUAACCAUAGUAUCGUUUCAGCUGCCCUGUAAAUCUGAACUCUGCGAGCCGUUCAAUCGAGGAAACGACAUUUGUGCACUAAUAAUAGCCACAGGACGCUCCCUGUCACAAAAAGGGAAUCUGAUGACUAAUCUAACGUGUAACCGGUCAGCUGCACGAAAUCGUCUCCUACAAUGAUGUAACGUGAAAAGUAACAUGAAUAUUGCUUUUGACUUUUUCUAAAAAAAAUCUUCUCGCUUUAAAAGGCCAUGUUCAACUAAAAUGGCUCUUUUCUUUCAAUUUGAAACAUCAUUCACACGGAUAUUACAUGCCAUUCCCGCAUUGUUGAGACCCGCGCGGAUAGACAACAGCGACACCAGUGGUACACUGUAAUAACAGCAGUAAAGAGCUAAAUGCCUGUCAUACGAAUUUUGUCAUCGAGUCGACACGGAGUCAACUACGUGUUUGUGACGAUCCAAUAUCGCCUUCUCACUGUGUAGACAUAUUAGUCUCUCUAAUGAACAUCCACAGAAAUACAAAAGCACACACACUUAACGACACCGACCUUAUCAUGGGCACACAGACGCUGGGAUCCCUGACACAAGGUGAGGUGCCGCCGCUGUGAACCAUGCCCCGUCCGACAACAACUGUUUUCGGAUCUUCGAAAAGUCAUCAUCAAAGCCCCGAAGCAAGACAUUAAGCGGCUAAUGCCAAUGAACCUAUUGCCCUCAUAUGCAAAGGCAAUCCGAUAGAGAAUUUCAAAAUCGAGCAAGGCGCUGAAUGUCAACCGUCAUUGCGCCCGUCAUCUGUUUUGUUAAUGUCAGAGGUAUCGUCAUUGGCAGAAAUCGCUUCUAUCUGGGGCAAAAGACAGAAGCCAAUGCAAAAGAGGCCUGUUAUUCAAUUUCUCUCAUUCUUGUUUGUCAACUCAGUAUUUGAUUGGUAAGAGUGCACAAGUUGGACUGCCGUUGAAGAGGCGACGACAAAGAUGUACCCUGCCAUCAUCUUCAGCGCUUGCCACUGAUGCUGCCGUUUUUGUUCCCACUUCUAUAGCCUUUUCUAUUUUCUGUCACGGACCACUAGCGAAAGCAUACGGGUGGCCAGAGACAUUCGCGGCGCAUGAAGUUGUCAUCGGCUGAACGACCCCGGCCAUAGGACAAAGACGGAGAAACUGUCCGAUCGUCAUUACACUAAUAAUAGCACUACGCCAUUAGUGCACUAUGGCGGAACAACGGGACGCAAACGUCACACGAAGGUUGUUAACUGCGGCCGUAACACCCAACAGUCGCGAAUCCCUGGUUGUUCUGGCGCAGAAAGUGACAGUGGAAAGUUUUCUAGUGUAGCGUACCUACCUUGGGUGGAUAAGUGUGACAGAAUGAGAUUGUUCUUCAAGAUCGCAGUAAUAGCCGCAGCGCGGGCUAUUUCAGCGUCAGAGGUUAUCGUCAAAACCUCGUCAGGCUACUUACAAGGCACGAAGGCGAGCGUGUUCAACCGCACAUUAUACAGCUUCCUCGGAGUGCCGUUUGCGCAGCCUCCUGUGGGUGAUCUCCGCUUUGCUAAACCCCAACCGUACGGAGUUUGGGAUGGGAUUUAUGUUGCAGAAUCGCUAGCGUUCCCAUGUUUGCAGGACGACCAGUACUACACGGAUCGCGUGCAGAUCAGUGGGGUUAACUCGACUGAAGAUUGCCUGUACUUGAACGUGUGGACACCAAGCGUGUGCAAGAAGAAAGCCUGUUAUGACGCCCAAAACAAAAAGCCUGUCGUUGUUAUCUUGCACGGAGGAGGCUUUUCGAGCGGUGGAAAUUCAUAUUCGUUUUACAACGGAUCGUUUCUAUCGGCCCUGGGCGAUGUCGUGGUGGUAGUACCCAAUUAUCGGCUAGGCGUGUUUGGAUUUCUCGAUUUGGGUACCCCAGAUUCACCUGGCAAUCAGGCGAUGUUCGAUCAGCUCCUUGUGCUGAAAUGGGUUCGACGUAACAUUGCUAGCUUCGGUGGCGAUGCGAAAAAGGUUACUUUGAUGGGGCAGGGCUCCGGUUCAAUUUCCACUGGUCUGCAUAUGGUCAGCCCGUUGUCACGAGGACUCUUUCGACGAGCAAUCAUGCAGAGCGGCUCACCGUACGUACGGCGCUAUGAGAGUUCCGUGCAAACCAUCAAAUGGUUGGAAGUAAUGGCGCGCGAACUCAACUGUUCGGUCUCGAAAAAAGAGUCCCGUAAGAAAGAAGACAUUGCGCAGUGUUUCAAGUGGAGUGAAGGUCGCACACUUUUGGAAGCGACUCGUCGUAUGGGUAGUGGAAUUCCCGGCAGCAACUUCUAUCCCACUUGGGGUAACGAAUUUCUGCCACUUGAGCCACGCGAAGCAAUAGAACUGGGAGAUAUGGAACCGGUAGAUGUUCUUAUGGGCACAAAUCAAAAUGAAGGCGGAUCUUUUAUCCACUUCUUUCUGAGACGGAUUCUUGAAAAGCAGUCCGUGAACUCUAUAAGUCCUGACGAGGUUCAUCUUUACCUGAACGUGCUCCUGCGGUUCUCACUUCAUACGGUUCCUAAAGAAAUCAGCGACUACUACUUUAAGGGAGUUCGAACCAGCGUGCAGGCUUUGCAAGCGGCCUGUUUAGCGUUUGGCGAUUUCGUGUUCCAAUGUCCGACAAACUAUUUCGCAGACAUAUUGAGUCGCCACGGUCGUCAUGUCUACAUGUAUCACUUUGAUCAUCGACCUUCUUUCUCCUGGUGGGACCCGUGGCUGGGAGCAGUCCACUUUGACGAAUUUCUUUUUGUGAUGGGAGCGCUUUUUCAUGGUGAUUUGGCAUUCUCUCCAAGCAUUGAGGAACUUCGUCUUAGCGCUAGAAUGAUGAAGAUGUGGACUCAUUUCAUCAAAUUCGGCGAAUUCGACAGCUCAAAAUGGCCUGAGUACGCGCAAUACAAUCAGACGUACCUAAAUAUCAACCCAAAAUCAUUUCACACUAGCGCCCCAGUGACAACUUACACCUUCAUCGGACAAGGACCAGUCCGCAAUCAGGCCUGUCAACUCUGGAAGCCCUAUAUCAAGAUGCCGACAUCAACGAAUCGUCCCAAUAAGACAGUCUCUGCUGCACAAAUUUCUCCUGUUCAAAUGGUGGAGCCAGAUAUUUCCUUUGAGAAGACUCUUGCUUCACAAAAUGAACGACUUGAAGAGAAGAUUGGACGGAGUACGUUUCGAGAGAUCGUGCAUCAGCUGCGCCAACGACUUCACAGAAAUAACCAGAAAAAAAAAUGAAUUUCAUGUAAACAUAAACCAUACUUAGUGCCAACUUUACGAUUAUAAAAGGGUCCCAAAUUCUAUGUAAAUUUAUGGACGACCCUUUCUUGUUCGUCCGCUCGAGACUUGGAUCCAUAAUAGCCAUGAAAACUGUACUUCAAUGGAUUCCGCAAAAAACGACACUUUCAAGAAGACGGACAUAACGCAGGUUUAACGAACCUCGAAAACAAAAAAAUAUCUUCACUAAUAUUGUGGACAAAUAAAUCCAAAGGCCACCACUUACCUGGUCAAGAACUUUACCUCGAAAA